AUGGUUAAAAAAAAGAAUAUAUGCAGCAUAAAAGUAUAUAAAAUGAUUUCAUUGAUAUUUAUUUUAUACUUUAAAAUUAUAAUGAACGUAUUAAUCGUAAAAGAAUAUUCAAAAAAUUACAUAUUAAAUGUUUUAUAAUUAUGGAAGAAAUACCAGAAGAAUUUUUCUUAUGUGAAGAAUACACUCUAUUUAAUGAAUCAUUAGGAGAAUACACACAAGAAUUCUACGCAUUAAAAUCAGCUUGCACAGACUAUGAUUUAACUGGACAGGUUAUAUGGCCCGGUGCAAAAAUUUUAAGCCAAUAUUUAUUAGAAAAUCAGCACAAAUUACAAGAUAAAGAUUUAUUAGAAGUAGGCUCAGGGUCUGGAUUUACCGGCCUUUUUUGCUCACAUUUUGCAAGAAAAGUGGUUUUGAGUGACGGAAAUGACAUUGUUUUAAGGCUUCUUGAGAAAAAUAAAGUUUUUGGUCAUUGCCCGAUUUUUGUAUGCAAAAUUGAAUGGAAUGAAGACAACUCAGCCGCUGAGCUAGAAUCAAAAGAAUUGCCAAUAAAAUACCCAGUGAUUAUAGGAUCAGAUGUGAUUUAUAGUAUAGAUGCAGUUAUACCUUUAUUUAACACAAUAAAUAAACACUUGGAAAAUGACGGAGAGUUCAUUAUGUGCUACACAAACAGAGCAAUGAACAAUUACAGAGUUCUGUUAGAAGAAAGUGAGAAACUUGGGUUUUCCCAUGAAGUCUUGUGGAAUGAGCUGAAUGUUUAUUUAUACUCUUUUAAAAAAAUCAAUAAUUAA